GUCGGAGGAGACACAAGCCAUUGCUGAUUGGUGGGUUUUGCACGGCGGGUGUGCCCCUAAGCUUUGUACCAUCGCCACACGUCUGAUGUACGCGUGGGUCCGCACCUCUCCUGCGGAGAGGAACUGGGCGUUGCACGAGCGUAUCCACGAGAACCGCCCCAACGGGUUGGACUUCACGAAGCUGACUGACAUGGUGGAGAUGUGCACGAACAAGAAACUCCUGGCGUGUAGACAGAGGAGGAGGGGACUUGUCCUACCGUGGGGUGAUCUCGAGGAGGGGUUGGACGAUGUACCGGAGCCGCGCAGAUUAGAUACUCUGCCGCCGGGGUCACUGACGGACGAGGAGAUCAGGCGCCAGGCGCGCAAGAUGCAGCGUGCCUCGACGGUCCACCACCCCCCUUCAGUUGAGACUGUGUUUGGUCAUCGUGCAGCUCAUAUCGAGCUGUACAAUGAGGAGAUCAAGUACGAGCCACCCACUGACCCACAGGCAGCGGACGAGAUGGAGGCAGAGGCGUGGACGGACCCCGAGGAUUUGGAGCAGGGAUGCAGUGACACAGCUGACGCUGGUGAGGACUCCGGUGGGGAGAGUGAUCAUGGGGCUGACAGUGACAUGCGAUGUGACGACGGAGAUGUCGCCGAUGAUGUGGACUUCGACAACGAGUGUAUGGUUGAUCGAGAGCACCCCGAUCCAGUGGACGAGCAUGGGUUCGACGACGGCGACGGCGGUGGGCCCUGCGACGACGGGGCGGGCAGCGCUUGCGUUGUUACUCCUGACCCCGAUGAAGUGGUCGGACGCGUUAUAGGCGGGCAGGGAUGUGGUUUAGAUGUACCACAGGGAUCGAUUCCCUCUGGCAUAUUUGGGGACGACUUCAAUGUUGGAGGUCCACCCACUUCAGAUUCCAAGCAGAGUGGGGUGCGCAUUCGGACACCGGCCAGUGAUGUCGCACACCACAUAGGGUCGGUUUUUGGUGGUGCGAAUUCGGGGAUGUUGAGAGAGGCUACUAGAGCGACAGGCGAGAGAGACGAGGGCAAGCGUGGUAACGACAUCAUGCCUUUGUUGUCGGAUCGAGAUGUUGCUAGGAGGCUAGACAUGGACCCUGAGGACGUGCUUGAGGAGGAGCGGCUGAGACUGAUGGGAUCAGGGUGUGCCACGACACAGCAGCUUGCGUUGGAGCAGGACACAAUGAGGGCAAGGGAGAUGGGGUGUACUGUGGAGGAGGUCACCGUCGCCCAAUUAGCAGCAGAGUGUACACACGGUGGUCCUGCAGAUGCUGCAAAUGGUGGAGGAUUCCAUGCGGAGGGACACGAGGUCGAUCGUGCGAACGGGAACGAGAAGGGCACGAGGGGUAGGGUGGAUAGAGUAGUUGUCGGCGGUGCCGCAAUGGAGGAUAUGUUUGGCGAUCGCAACGAGAAUGUGGUUGCAGAUCACACAAAGGAUGACCUUGUCGCGGUGGAUGAUGUGGUUGCACAUCGCAUUAAGGAGGGGCGACAGGUGGAUGGGGCAGUUGUCGCUGCCGCCGUUGAGGCACGAGUGUCCACAAUGUCCCCGCUCGAGCGCCACACUGCCGGGAUUGAUCCGCUGAUGGGCACGAGCAGGCAUAUAUCGCAGCGGCUUUGGAAGGCCGUGCCUUCAUCUUCUUUCGUGCCUGUUAGUCCGCCAGUGCCCUCGGUGGUAUCGGGGCACAUUGGGAAUUUGGGAGGUCUAUGGAGAUGGCCGACAUGUUCGAGCAAUUGACAGGUCAAAGGGUUAUUGAGUCGG